AUGUUUUUCAGCAAGGUUGUUGUUGUCUUAUUCGUGUUUACGUGGUUCUCCAACGUUGGCGCACAUUAUUGUUGGCCUUCUGUUGAUCAAACACCUGCCUGGGAUGUUGUUCGUAGAACAGACAAUUAUGAGACACGUAAUCCUAUUAAAAGUGUAACUGAUUCCAACUUUAGAUGUUUCAAUGCUGCUGGUGGAACUGCUCCAAACACAUAUUCUAUCGAAGCCGGCAAAACUAUUACCUUUCAUACUGAUAACGUUCUCUAUCAUUUGGGAGUUAUCAACGUGUAUAUGGCUAAAGCACCAGGCAAAGCCAUUGACUUCGAUGGUGCUGGCAACGUGUGGUUCAAAAUCUUUGAAAUUACCGCCCAUGCCGAUCCUACAGGAAAUGAUUAUCCAAGAUUUCCCGCUGAUAUGUUACACAGCAUCAGUUUUGCUAUCCCAAAGAACGUUCCAAGCGGACAAUAUCUACUUCGUGUCGAACACAUAGCUCUUCAUGACGCAUUUUAUCAUGGUGGUGCUCAAUUUUAUAUUGCUUGUGCACAAUUAGAAGUAACAAACGGUGGAAAUGGUUCUCCAGGACCUCUCGUUUCAAUUCCCGGAGUGUAUACUGGCCAUGAACCUGGUAUCAUCUUCGAUCCAUAUGCCUAUCCUAAACCAACCAGCUAUAUACAACCGGGACCGGCGGUGUGGAGUGGUUAA